CCAGCCGGGAAGCCCCGCCCCCGAAGCGUGAAGCAGCCUCUAGAGGCGCUCAGGCCUCGCCCACUUCCUGGUUCCAAAGGGCAGCGCACCUCCCGGACGUAGCAGGAGUGAUUGACAACGCGCGCGCCGUUCCAGGACGCGGGCUCUACCAGCUGCUAAACUGGCGGAAUGAUACGAUGAAACCUCUCUGUGACUGAAGCAUUACGUCUCCUUGGUUCAGACACCAUGAUCCAAUAAAGCAUGUUUAUUCGUUCCUUCAGUUGGAAGAAUGGCCCGUGUCUUUGUCUAUGGCACCCUGAAGAAAGGCCAGCCAAACAACCCACACAUGAUAAACGGUGCCCAUGGGACAUCCUUGUUCCAGGGAAGGGGACUCACAGUGGAGAAGUACCCCCUUGUGAUUGCUGGAAAGUAUAACGUUCCUUUUUUACUGAACAAGCCAGGAAUAGGGCAUCGGGUCUUGGGAGAAAUCUAUUCUGUGGACGACCAGAUGUUGCAAUUCCUGGAUGAGUUUGAAAGUUGCCCAGAUAUGUAUCAACGUACUUCAACGAAAAUUAAGGUGAUUGAAUGGGAAGACAAAAGCAGUACACCUGAAGGGAGAUCAGGUGUGAACAGCAUCCUGGAAUGCUGUGUGUAUAUCACCAGUACUUACCAGCCAGAGUGGGUACAUCUCCCUUACUACGACAACUAUGACUCCUUUGGGAAACACAAACUUGAGUAUGUGAUUCGAGAGUGCAGAAAUUAAAACUGGAAGAUGAAGCUGUCCUUUAAAAGAUAAUAUGAAGAUAUGGAGGAGUUGAAUCGAAUUGCCCAUACUUUUUCCUGGAAUACUUUUCACAGAUGUUUUCAAUUGUUGAUGGUUUCAAAUAGUCAGGUUUGCAAACACUAACUUGCCUAGUCAUGCAAGCUAACUAUAGUUAAGGAGUUUUCUGUUCUCUUGCUGUAAUUAUACUUUUUUUUUACACAAGGGAAAGAGGAAAUACAGUGUUUCCUCACUACUUCGUGGUUCACUUUUCGUGGAUUCGCUGUUUCGCGGUUUUUCAAUAAACUCUAAAAGACGAUUAUAAAUAAUAAAAAAAUUAGAAUUUACUGUCUAAGGGAGGGAGGGAGGAGAAGCCAAAGGAAGAAAAAAGGAGUCUAAGCAGAAACGGGAGGAGAAGGAGGCGAUUUAUCACCACACGAUUGGUUGAUAAAGACUUAAAAUAGCGUAUAACUACUAAAAUAAUGUAUAAAUAUUAAAAUAAAUAUAGUUCCCCUGCUUCGUGGAUUUGCACUUAUUGCGAGUGGUCCUGGAACCUAACCCCCGUGAUAAGUGAGGGAACACUGUAGUGCCUAUUUUUUAACCAGUAUAUGAGUGCAGGGGAGGGGGGAUUCAUUAUAACUCAUUAUAAACUUUUUAUUGCACAGCAUUCUCAUGGUAUGUGUCUCAAUAAAUAUGCUCUUAAUCUUAAAA